ACCCACCACCACAACCCAGGCCUUCCUGGAGGUGCUAGGGGAGGCCAUGCCCCUUUUCUGAGUGCUUGGAAGUGACUGUUGCAAGUGACAAGUGACCGCUGCAAGUGACAAGUGACCACGCCUUUUUCCCCGCGGGUAUAAAUUCAGAGGCGCUGCGCUCCGAUUCUGGCAGUGCAGCUGUGGGAACCUCUCCACGCGCACGAACUCAGCCAACGAUUUCUGAUAGAUUUUUGGGAGUUUGACCAGAGAUGCAAGGGGUGAAGGAGCGCUUCCUACCGCUAGGGAACUCUGGGGACAGAGCGCCCCGGCCGCCUGAUGGCCGGGGCAGGGUGCGACCCAGGACCCAGGACGGCGUCGGGAACCAUACCGUGGCCCGGAUCCCCAACACCCUAAAGUUCGUCGUCGUCAUCGUCGUGGUCCUGCUGCCAGUCCUAGCUUACUCUGCCACCACUGCCCGGCAGGAACAAGUUCCCCAGCAGACAGUGGCCCCACAGCAACAGAGGCACAGCUUCGAGGGGGAGGAGUGUCCAGCAGGAUCUCAUAGAUCAGAACAUACUGGAGCCUGUAACCCGUGCACAGAGGGUGUGGAUUACACCAACGCUUCCAACAAUGAACCUUCUUGCUUCCCAUGUACAGUUUGUAAAUCAGAUCAAAAACAUAAAAGUUCCUGCACCAUGACCAGAGACACAGUGUGUCAGUGUAAAGAAGGCACCUUCCGGAAUGAAAACUCCCCAGAGAUGUGCCGGAAGUGUAGCAGGUGCCCUAGUGGGGAAGUCCAAGUCAGUAAUUGUACGUCCUGGGAUGAUAUCCAGUGUGUUGAAGAAUUUGGUGCCAGUGCCACUGUGGAAACCCCAGCUGCUGAAGAGACAAUGAACACCAGCCCGGGGACUCCUGCCCCAGCUGCUGAAGAGACAAUGAACACCAGCCCGGGGACUCCUGCCCCAGCUGCUGAAGAGACAAUGAACACCAGCCCGGGGACUCCUGCCCCAGCUGCUGAAGAGACAAUGACCACCAGCCCGGGGACUCCUGCCCCAGCUGCUGAAGAGAAAAUGACCACCAGCCCGGGGACUCCUGCCUCUUCUCAUUACCUCUCAUGCACUAUCGUAGGGAUCAUAGUUCUAAUUGUGCUUCUGAUUGUGUUUGUUUGAAAGACUUCACUGUGGAAGAAAUUCCUUCCUUACCUGAAAGGUUCAGGUAGGCGCUGGCUGAGGGCGGGGGCACUGGACACUCUCUGCCCUGCCUCCCUCUGCUGUGUUCCCACAGACAGAAACGCCUGCCCCUGCCCCAAG